CAGACUGAGCAUGGGCAGAUAUGCGCCAAACAGCAGCAUAAUAGAGGAACAUAAUCUUUUUGAGCUGAGAAAAAGCAGAGCAGGAUUACGGCACCCGUUGCUUUCUUUUCCACAGCAAGGCUGUGGAAUCCAAAGGACAUGCUGUCCUCCCAGCCCCAGACUCCUGAGACGGAAAACCGUGUGUGUCAACAGAUUACAACACUGCAACCCGUGACUUAUUGAAGAAGCCUGGAGCAACACUGCCUGCUUGUCCAGUUUCUCCUCUGCUUUGAGUCUCAGCUCACAUCAGAAAGGGUUCGACAGCACUGAGAGAGAGAGAGAAAGACAUAUCAAGGAGGGCCAUGAAUAAGAUGGAGACACUGGUUUGUUAUGGUUUCUUCCUCUGCCUCCUCCACCUGGGAUGCAAAGGUUUACAUUCCACACAACCUGAGCAGGUGCAUCUCUCUUAUCCAGGGGAACCAACCUCCAUGACGGUUACCUGGACGACUUUUGACAGAGCCAAGUCCAUUGUUAUCUUUGGCCAGGACCCAGGAGAGGCCUUCAGCCACAUGGCCAAAGGAAGCGCCACACGGUUUGUGGAUGGAGGGAAGCUAGGCCGCGCCAUGUUCAUCCACAGAGUCACCCUCCGUGGCCUGGUGCCUGGACAGCGCUAUGCCUAUCGUUGUGGGAGUGAGCAGGGCUGGAGUAGACCCUACACUUUCCGGGCCUUGCUGAACACAACCACCUGGAGCCCCCGCUUUGCCGUUUUCGGGGACAUGGGUUUGCUGAACCCGCAGUCCUUGCCUCGGUUGCAGCGGGAGACAACAUUGGGAUUGUAUGACAUGGUGCUUCAUGUGGGGGAUUUUGCUUACGACUUUGACACGAAUAAUGCUCUUGUUGGAGAUGCCUUCAUGAGGAAAAUCGAAGCUGUGGCAGCUUUGGUUCCAUAUAUGACUUGCCCAGGGAACCAUGAGGAGAAGUAUAACUUCUCCAACUACCGCAAUCGUUUCAGCAUGCCUGGAAACACAGAGAGCCUCUGGUACAGCUGGGACAUUGGUCCUGCUCACAUCAUCUCCUUCUCUACCGAGGUGUACUUCUACUUGGAAUAUGGCCGGGAGCUUGUAGCCAAGCAGUUCCAGUGGCUGGAGCAGGAUUUACAGGAGGCAACUAAGCCGGAACAGCGCAAGGAAUGCCCUUGGAUCAUAACCAUGGGGCACCGGCCCAUGUAUUGCUCCAACAACGACAAGGAUGACUGCACGCAGCAUGAAAGCAUUGUUCGCUGUGGACUUGACUCUCACCAGUAUGGCUUGGAGGAUUUGUUCUACAAAUAUGGAGUAGAUCUGGAGCUUUGGGCCCAUGAACACUCCUAUGAAAGGCUCUGGCCGCUCUACAACUAUAAGGUCUACAACGGCAGCACUGAGGCGCCAUAUACCAAUCCUGGUGCCCCUGUUCAUAUUAUCACUGGAUCGGCCGGUUGCCAAGAGCGGCUCGAUCCCUUUGUCCCCGAACCAAGGGACUGGAGUGCUGUGAGGAUUGAGGACUAUGGAUACACUCGCAUGCAGAUCCUCAACCGGACCCACCUUUGGCUGGAGCAAGUAUCCGAUGACAAGAAUGGGAAGGUCAUGGACAGGAUUUGGCUCAUCAAAGACCGGCACACAGGCCCAAAGCAUGGCACUAGCCUUUGAGUGUUGAAAGAUCCCUGAUGACUUACGUCUCUCCUUUCCUGGGUCCAGGUUGGCUGCUGAGGAUUUUGCCUUCUGAAAUCCACCAGUUUCUGAUGCAGAAGGAGGCAUAGGCAAUUGCAAAAGCAGCCUUCUCCCAGGACACACAAAAUUACAAGCCAUAAGUGAACAUCACCAGCCGUCACCCAACUUCAUGUCUUGGAGAAGGAUAGGCAGUGCUCCAACUAUCUUUCCCUGUGCCUCCCCAUCCUCUCUCUUCAAUGCCUCCUUAGGCAUUGGUUUAGGAGCCAAAGAAGAGAAUAUGAGUCAUCAGAUGAAGUGAUGGAGCCAUGGCACUUAAAGUGGUGUCAAAUUGAAUUCGUUCUACAGAGCAGAUGCACCCAGGGAAAGACUGGGUUUUUCCAUUUAUUUGGCAGUGGCAGGUGCUGACAAUAGAGUGGUAGAUGGUACCAUUGAUUGAGUUUUCCAAAGUGCUGGAUUUUAUUUCAGAGUAUAGACUUCAGUGCCUUAGGAACUUAUUGCUUGGGCAAAUAAGCUGGUUUACCUCUUCCAGCUUCAAUUCUGGUUCCAGGAUGCCCCCAGAUGUAAUCAUAGCUAAAAUCAACACCGAUCUAGGCGAGAUGCUGCAUUCUGGGUUGAAGCCUCACUCAGCUGGCCAAUUUUUGAAGUCGGAAGUUCCCCAACUUCUAAAAAGCGCUGACUGAGCGAGGCUUUGACCCGGGAUGCAUCCGGACAGCGGCAUCCUGCCUAGAUUGGUGGUGGUUUAGCUAUGAUAACAUCUGGGGGCAUCCUGGAUCCAGAACUGAUGCUAGAAGAGGUAAACCGGCUUAUUUGCCCAAGCAAUAAGCUCAUACAAAAGAUCCUUUACGAUCUGGAUUAAAAUACAGAGGAGCUUCACCACCACAUUGUUAUUGAAGCCACCAGCUGCCACUGGUUGGCAUUGUGACCUCUUGGAGUUGUUGCCGUUGUAUCUUUAGGUCCAGAAGCUCAAACGUUGUAGCCAGAACGCAGAGAGCACAGGUGAGCAACCAGACUGAAUAUACCUGCAAGGAAAAAGAGAGAAAGAGAGAGAGAGAGAGAAGAAAGAGGAAUGAGCUCAUACAUCUUGAGCUGGGCAUGCAUACAUUUUGCUUAUCCAACUCCAGAGCUGCUUAAGAAGGAAAUGCUAGAGGAAUAUAACAUGCCAUCUGCCACAACUAUUGGAGCCCCUUUGGCUGAAGGACAGGGUAUAAACGCUCUAAAUAAACAUAUGCACCUGCCAAAAACCAAACUGAUGGGUUUGACCUUCCUUUGUAUUUCACUUUUCCUUUUUUAGCCAGUAGACUCACCAGCUAAUAGAAGCAUGGGAAAUGCUGCCCAGCCAAGGUAGAAAGACCAUUGGAAAGUGACUUGGAUUUUUGGGUUCACAUUCUUCUGCCAGGAUUCAGCAGUGAAUACAGCAAGGGCUGUGAGAUUGAACAAUCCUACAAAGCAACAGAAAGGAAGUCAGUGGAGCUGAUGGAAAUCUGAUUCUUACCAGCAUUUUUAGCAGAGCCUGAAAUGAAAAAGUUGCUUGGAAGUAAUGUAGCUACAUGUCAAAAGGAAAGUUACAUUGGAAAAGUCAAAUAAUGCACAGGAAAGGGUUAUUUUCCCCUUUGGUGUUCAACAAGGAACACUUUCUAAUUACAGCUAGCCCUCCUUAUCCACUGAUUUUUUUUUAUCCACCGAUUCAAGCAUCCACGGCUUGAAAAUGUUUUUUAAAACGUAUAAAUUCCAAAUGGCAAACCUCGAUUGUCCAUUUUAUAUGAGGGACACCAUUUUGCUCUGCCAUGAUGUUUAAUAAGACUUGAGCAUCCAUGGAUUUUUUUAUCCACGGGGGAAUCCUGGAACCAAACCCCGGCGGAUACUAAGGUCCCACUGCACUUUCUAGUUACAGUAUUUUUGAAAGGCCAUUCUAAUGCAUUUUGAAUUGAUGUGUGAACAAUUUAUUCAGUCUGGUGUUGUCGUUUUUUAAUACACCUAUUCUCUCCGAUAA